GAGCGCACGCGGGCGGCUCUGCUGGAGACCCUCUACGAGGAGCUGCACCUCAACAGCCAGUCCAUGAUGGGUCUGGGGGCCGAGGAGGACAAGAUGGAGAACGGCGGAGGGGGCAGCAGCAGCUUCUUCGAAUCGUUCAAGCGGGUGAUCCGCAGCCGCAGCCAGUCGAUGGACGCCAUGGGCCUCAGCAGCAAGCGGCAAAACACCGUCACCACCAGCCACAGCGGCAGCUUUGGGCACCACAGCCCUGACAUCGCCAAAGCCACGGGCCUAUCAUUGCUUGUGCCCGGAAAAACGUCAAGUAGGUACGGACGCCGAGGCAGCGCGAUAGGCAUAGGAACCAUCGAAGAG